CAGAGGCAGCUGCCACUUCAGGAGAGGGGGCAGAGAGAGCACAGCUCACCGGGGGCCGCGCGGGACGGGACAGGCGAGGGGGGGGACGCCACGGCCCCAGCUCCUGGACGGCUCAGGAAGCGGCCGUCUCCCGUGGGAUUCGUACCCAGGCCAGCGGAGGAGCAGGUGCCGAGGCACUGGGAGGGCUCGGGGCUGCAGCAGAGCAUGGGGUCCCGCACUGCCCCGGGUGUUCAGUGAGCAGAGGCUUGGCAAGUAGCAACCCGAGCCCCCACCUAAAAAUAGCCCCUUGCUUGCCCACGGCACUGCGACCUUCGGGGCUGCAGCCCGUUGGGGGGAAGGCACCGAACAGGACGGCACCUGGACCGGGGAGCCGACUCUGCCCCAGCACCCCUGGCAGGUGCCCAGCACCCCCGGGCUGCAGGCGGGGGAAGAAGAGGGGCACAGUGCGGCGGACUCAGGGCAGCGGGGGUUGUGGGCUUGGGCAGGGGACCUGCAGACCAUGCACCGAGCACAGGGACGUGGGAGCACAAGCAGGGCCAGUGGGGAGCCCCGGGCUGCCCCUCCGAGCCCCGGCAUUCCCCCAAAGCGUGCCAAGGUCACAAAAGAGCCAGGGGCAUCUGAGGAAAUCUCAGCUCACCCAGCAGCACCGGUUUUUGUGCGGAAGCUGAAGAAUGCAGCAAUUGGCACUGGCUGUGACAUCCGGCUGCGGGUGGUGGUGGCAGGCAACCCCCAGCCUAGUCUCCGCUGGUACCGAAAUGAGGAGCUGUUGGCCCCGCAUGGGGAGGAGUAUGGCACCCUCUGGAUUCGGGACAGCAAGAAGGAGGAUGCUGGUGUGUACACAUGUGUCGCCGAGAACGAGCAGGGAGAAGCCAUGACCAGUGCUGUGCUGGCCAUCAUUGACAUGGAAGAUUCGGAGACGGGUGAGGAUGAGCCCAGCGAUCCCCAGGUGACACAGCGCAGCGAGCUUCAGGAUGAUACAGCCUUCAGCACCCCCACAGGUGGGUCCGACACCCUUGUGGAUGCCUCCAUGAACACAACGCCGACCUCGGUGCUGGCAUUGUCACAGGCAGAGGAGCGCUCCAGCUGGUCGGGCAGCCAGCAGACCGUGGUGGAGAAGGAGACGGAUGCCAGCCUCCCCACACGGGGACCCUACCUCCGCCCCACUGCCUGGCAGCAGCCGCAGGGAACCCCAAGGCAAGCAAACACACCGGCCCCGCUCGGCGCCGAGGUCCGGCACCUGGGCGUGGAGCCACUGGUGCGGGCAUCAAGGGCUAAUCUGGUGGGCACGAGCUGGGGGUCGGAGGAUAGCCUUUCAGUGGCCAGCGACCCAUACGGCAGCGCCUUCAGCCUGUACCGAGGACGGGCGCUCUCACUCCAUGUCAGCAUCCCCCAGGGGGGCUACCGGAGAGAUGAGCCCCACAGCGGCCCCACCUCUCCGAAGCCUGGUGCUGAGCCCCCGAGGUCCCCUACUGCCCUGCCACUGACCACCAAGCCGCCCAUCCUCCGCUCACCAUCUCCCCGUGCUGGACUUUCACCCACCAGUGCCACAUCCCAGCCAGGCACCCGUGGCCCUGGCGUCCCCUCCUUCACACCUGUGGCCCCCCGCAAGAAGUCCUCGGUGCCGGCUGAGUACCAGGACACUGUCCCCGAAGAGUAUGAGGAGAAGAUCAAGAAACCCAAGUCCUCAGGGUACUCACAGGGCAGCACACAAGAUUCCCGUCCCCAGACACCCAUGAGCGAUACCUCUGGACGCAUCUCUGUCCGAGCAUCCCCCAAGCUGGUGCGUGCUGGCUCCAGGAUCUUUGAGAGGCUGCAGUUCUUUGAGGAGCGGCGGAGGAGCUUGGAGCAGGCAGACAGCCCCUUCCCCUCAUACCCCUUGCGGAAGGCACGCUCUUUUGAUCAGCCUGGCUCUGGCUCGCGCCGUGCUGGCAUGCUGGGCAGCUCACAGGAGGAUGUCCGGGAAGGUGGAUACUGGGAGCCAGGCAGCACGGCAGCAUCCCGGCGUUUGGCCUUCCGUCAGAAAGCGGCAUCCUUCGAUGAGCGGGGCAAGUUUGCCAGCCGUGUCUAUGCCAUCGAGCACAAGUUUGCGGAGGAGCUGACUCGCAUCAAGCGGACAGUCUCCAAGCAGCAGCUGCGGCGCUCCCAGGAGCUGUGCAAGUCUGGGCUGCCCCCUACACCUUCGCCCCCAGCAGCCAGUGAGCCUCCUGCCUCCCGUGCCCCCCGCCCCCCUUCCUCACAGGGUGCAGGUGGACGCAAGGGGCUGCCACCAAAGACCUCCCCGCCAGCAGAGAGCACACACGUGAUCCAGCAUCUGGCACUUUCCAGCGUGGCAAUGGUGGGACCCAAUGGGGAGCCGGAGCCAGGGGGGCAGCGUGGAAGGAAAACCCCAUCAUGGGGCAGUGCAGCAGCUAGCCAGCCCGCUGAGGUGCGGGAUGCAGGUGCCAGGAAGGGUCUACAGCAAGAAAGCACUGGGGAAGUGAAGAAGAAGGAGCAGUGGCUGUUAGCACAAGCCUCCCCGCAGGGACGGGCAGUGCUUUCGCAGGCCGGUCCCACCGAAGGCAGCCCAUACCCCGAUGGGGGCCCUACCACUGGAGCCCGUGCCCCUGGAGCAGUGAGUGAAGCCCUGGCUGCCCGGCUGUCUGUGCCCCACGGCCUGUACCGACGGCCAGAGGCACCUGUUGAGGUGCGGUUCCUACCCUGGGCAAAGCCAGGGAUGGAUCAUGAGGCUCGCCUGGAGAGGAGCUGGGCAGGGCAGCAUGGCACAGGCAGGGAAGUGGAGAGAAGGCAGACGAAAGUGUCGGAGAAGAAGGAGAGUGGCCGGAUGGCUCAAGAAGGCAGGAGCAUGCGGAGCAAGGGGAAGGGGCGCCGAGCCAGGCCCACCUCUCCAGAGCUAGAGUCUUCCGAUGACUCCUACGUCUCAGCGGGUGAAGACCCCCUGGAAGCCCCCAUCUUUGAGAUUCCCAUCCAGGACAUGGCAGUGGCAGUGGGGGCAGAGGUGCUGCUCAAGUGCAUUGUUACAGCCAACCCCCAGCCAGAAGUGUCCUGGAGGAAGGACGGGGUCCAGCUGCGGAGCAGCACGACGAGGCCCAUCAAGGCAGAGGGGGAGCGUCACACCCUGCUGGUCCGGAGCGCCCGGGUGGCCGACGCUGGCCUCUACACCGUCACUGCGACGAACGAGGUGGGGGCGACCUGCUGCAGCGCCAUCCUCAGCGUCAGGCCCGCCCCCGCCGUGGAGCGGCAUGGGAACUUGGCACCCCCCCUCGGCCAGGGCAGCCCCAUCACCUCUGACGAGGAGUACCUGAGCCCCUUGGAAGAGUUCCCCGAGUCUGGCACCCCCCAGCACCGACCGGCCAUGAAGUUGCAACCUAGAGCCGAGCAUGGGGCUGCCCACAGCUUCCCAGAGAGCACCUUCAAGGCUGCACCCACUUUUGAGGUGUCCCUGUCUGACCAGUCGGUGCUGGAGGGGCAGGAUGUCAGCAUGAGUGUCCGCGUCCGUGGGGAGCCCAAGCCCAUCAUCUACUGGCUGAGGAACCGGCAGCCAGUGAAAUACGGCCGCCGGCACCACGCAGAGGCAGAAGGAGCACGGGGGCUCUUCACAUUGCACAUCCUGGCGGCAGAGCGCACCGACACUGGCUUCUACACCUGCAAGGCCGUCAACGAGUAUGGCACCAAGCAGUGCGAGGCCAAGCUGGAGGUCAGAGCUCGCCCUGAGUGCCAGUCACUGGCCAUCGUGGUUCCCCUGCAGGACGUGGUGGUCGGGGCGGGGGAGCUCGCCCUCUUUGAGUGCAUGGUGUCUGGCCCGCCAGACAUGGACGUGGACUGGCUGUCCCGGGGCCGGCUGCUGCAACCCGCCCUGCUCAAAUGCAAGAUGCAUUUUGAUGGGCGCAAGUGCAAGCUGCUGCUCACUUCCGUGCACGAGGACGACAGUGGGAUCUACACCUGCAAGCUCAGCACUGCCAAAGACGAGCUGACCUGCAGUGCCCGGCUGACAGUGAAGCCUUCAGUGCAACCGCUCUUCACCCGCAAGCUGGAGGACGUGGAUGUGGUGGAAGGACGGACAGCACGCUUUGACUGCAUGAUCAGUGGGACUCCCCCUCCAGUGGUCAUCUGGACUCAUUUUGGCCAGCCGGUGCAGGAAGGGGAGAAUGUGAGGAUUCAGCAGGACAGGGGGCUGCACUCGCUGGUCAUUGUGCACGUGGGCAGUGAGGAUGAGGGGCAGUAUACAGUGACUGCCAGGAAUGCCCAUGGCCAUGUGGAGUGCUCUGCUGAGCUUUAUGUGGAGGAGCCACGGCCAUCUGCUGCCUCACAGAUCUCUAAGCUAGAGAAGAUGCCAUCCAUCCCGGAGGAGCCAGAGCAGGCAGAGACAGAGACAGAGUGCUUCACCAUGCCUGAUUUCCUGAAGCCGCUGAACAACCUGGAUGUGGUAGAGUCCAAGGAGGCUGUGCUGGAGUGCCAGGUGGCCGGGCUGCCCUACCCUUCCAUCACCUGGUUCCACAAUGGCUCCCGCAUUGAAAGCACUGAUGACCGCAAGAUGAUGCAGUAUAAGGAUGUCCACCGCCUGGUGUUCCCAGCCGUCAGCCAUGCGCAUGCUGGUGUCUAUAAAAGUGUCAUUGCCAACAAAGUGGGAAAGGCCACAUGCUAUGCACACCUCUAUGUCACCGACGUGGUGCCAACCCCUCCGGAUGGGCCCCCCACUGUGGCCUCGGUGACCGGCAGAGCCAUCACGCUGGCCUGGAACAAGCCCAGGUGGCUGGACACUGCCAUAGACCCCAAAUCGGUGACCUAUGUGGUGCAAAUGCAAGUGCUGGGCACAACACAGUGGUUGGUGCUGGUGGCCGGCGUGGGAAAAACAACCUACACAGUGUAUGGGCUGACCAAGGGUGCCAAGUACUUCUUCCGUGUCAUCACUGCCACGCCCAAGACCAACAGCAAGCCCUCCCCACCUGUGGGGCCUGUGCAGCUCCUGGACCGCGGUCCCUACCUGGAAGAGGCCCCUGUCAUCCUGGACAAGCCAGAUGUGGUGUAUGUGGUUGAGGGUCAGCCAGCCUCUAUCACCAUCACCAUCAACCAUGUGGAGGCCACUGUCACCUGGAAGAGGGGCGGACAGGUGCUGGGGGAGCAAGAGGGCGCAUGCGAGGUGACGAUGCCGGAUGACGACCAGCACUGCCUGCGACUGCUGCGUGUGGGCCGGGGGGCAGCAGGGCCGCUGGCCUGCGAGGUGAGCAACCGCCACGGCACUGCCAGCUGCACCCUCCACCUCCGCCUCGCAGAGGCACCACGCUUUGAAUCCAUCAUGGAGGACAUUGAUGUCCAAGAAGGGGAGACGCCACGUUUUGCCGUGGUGGUGGAGGGGAAACCGCUGCCAGACAUCAUGUGGUACAAGGAUGGGGAGCUACUGGAGGAGAGCAGCCACCUGAGCUUUGUGUACGAGGACAAUGAGUGCUCGCUGGUGGUGCUGGGUGCUGCCAAGCCUGACAACGGUGUCUACACCUGCACGGCAAAGAACCUGGCUGGGGAGAUCUCCUGCAAGGCAGAGCUGGUGGUGCGGGCAGCCCAGCCCUCUGCUGAUGCCACCAUGGAGGAAGAUGCACUACACAAGGCACGACGUCUGACAGACUACUACGAUGUGCAUGAGGAGAUUGGGAGGGGGUCUUUCUCCUACCUGCGGAGGGUGACAGAGAAGAGCAGCCGGAUGGACUUUGCUGCCAAGUUCAUCCCUGGGAGGACCAAAGCCAAGCAGUCGGCACGCCGGGAGCUGCACAUCCUCUCACAGCUGGACCACGAACGCAUUGUAUUCUUCCGCGAUGCCUUUGAGAAGAAGAAUGCCAUCAUCAUAGUCAUGGAGCUCUGUGCUGAGGAAGAGCUGCUGGACAGGAUGGCGAGGAAACCCUCAGUGUGCGAGUCUGAGGUCCGGUCCUACAUACGGCAGGUCCUGGAAGGGAUCUGCUACUUGCACCAGCACAAUGUCCUGCACCUGGACAUCAAACCAGAAAACCUCUUGAUGGCGGAUUCAAGCAGUGAGCAGGUCCGGAUCUGCGACUUUGGCAAUGCACAGGAGCUGACACCUAAGGAGCCACAGUACUGCAAGUAUGGCACCCCUGAGUUUGUGGGCCCCGAGAUUGUCAACCAGAGUCCUGUCUCCAGCGUCACUGACAUCUGGCCCGUGGGGGUCAUCGCCUACCUUUGCUUCACGGGAAUCUCCCCCUUUGUGGGAGAGAAUGACAAGACAACACUGAUGAACAUCCGCAACUACAAUGUGGCCUUUGAGGAGAGGAUGUUCCAAGGGCUCACCCGGGAAGCCAAGGGCUUUGUCAUCAAAGUGCUGGUCAACGACAGGCUGAGACCCAAUGCAGAGCAGACUCUGGAGCAUCCUUGGUUCAAGACACUGGCCAAGGGGAAGAUCAUCAGCACUGAUCACCUAAAGCUCUUCCUCUCCCGUCGGAAAUGGCAGCGCUCACAGAUCAGCUAUAAGUGCAACAUGGUGCUGCGUCCGAUCCCGGAGCUGCUGGAGGACACGUCCAACCACCUCUCCAUUGCUGUGCCCCGGCACCUGAAGGAGUCACCAGCACUGUCAUCCUCCUCAGACUCGGAUGACCUGGACGAGCUUCCAUUUAUCCCCAUGCCACACCAGGUGGAGUUCUCUGGCUCCCGCAUGUCACUCAAUGAGAUUCCCACAGAUGAUGAGGCCAUUGGGCUGGCGGAGGGACCGCAGCUGGAGGGGGCUGCACUAGAGGACGCCUCCGCCAUGGAGUGGCAGAGCCAGGGCAUGGCGAAGCCUGGGGUGGCCCUGGGGAAGCGGCCGAGAGGCUCUGGGCCACGGCGGCCGUGCACAGAGGCAGAAGCACCUGGCUCCUCUGAUGAAGAAGCCCCUGAAGCCCAGAAGCGGCCUGAGUACCCCCGCAAAGCCAUGAGGGGCUCCAGCCUGGAGUCCCCAGGGAGUGCCCGGCGAGGAGAGCUGAAGAGGGGUGGCUCUGCCGACAGUGCCCUCCUGAUCCAGCAGCCCCCAGGGGCUGAGGAGGGGGCUGAGACUGGCCGAGGCCCCCGCCGAGUCCUGGCCAAGGCAGCUUCUAUGGAAUUGCCGCGGCGGAAGGGGGUCUUGGGGGAGGAUGAUCAUGCCCAGCGCCUGGAGCUGAUGCGCCAGAGGCUGCUGCGGGGUGGCUCUGGGGAUGGCAAGGUCAGUGGCCUCAGGGGUCCCCUCCUGGAGACCCUGGGGGUUGGCCCCGACAAGAAGGUUCCACGGCCGACCCGGUUGGAGCCACCAGCAGUGCCACGGCUGGUGCGGGCAGCCUCUAGUGAGGCCACCUCACCUCGCCUCCCCCCCACUGAGCAUCGGCUGCAGAAGAGCAGCUCCUUCAGCCACGGGGAUGCUGAGCCUGUUGUCCGGCACCGCCGCUCUGGAGCACCCCUGGAGAUCCCGGUGGCCCACUUGGAGGCCCAGAGGCUCAAGGAGUCCCCCUCACUCUCAGCCCUGUCCGAUACUCGACCUCCAGCCCCACCAGACACCCCUGGCCCACCAACACCCCCUGUGGUAGAGAUCACUGUCCCCCAGGCCCCUGCCACCAAAGCUGCCUUGGGGAGGAGGCAUGUCCCUGAGGACCAUGGCCAGCCCAAGGCUGGUAUGGCUGCUACCACCACAGAGAAGAAGCCCACGGUCAGGGCACAGGAGGAGAAGACACCCCCCAAGGCUGCUGGAGCCAGUGGGGAGGAGGUUGUCAGGACAGGGGCACCCACCCCGCUACAGCCCGCAGCCCCUGGUACCCAAGCCUUCAAAACGUCUUCCUAUGCCAAGGUUAUGCAAGCCAUGGGUGCUGUGCGAAGUGAGGAGCCAGCCACUGAGGAGGCUCAGCCCCCAUCAGUCACCGCUGCUGAGCCCCCUGUGCCAGCACCAGCACCAUCACCACCACCAGCACUGAAAAAGGAGGUGAAGCCCAGCAGCUCCUCCAUUUCCCUGCUCAUCCAGGACAUCGACUCGGAGGAGGUCUUUGAAGCCAAGUUCAAGCGGGGCCGGGAGUCAUCUCUCAGCCGGGGGCUGAAGCUCCUCACCCGCUCUCGUUCUGAGGACAGACACCUGGCCAGCCUCCCAGCCCCUGACGAGGGCAUAUACCGUCCCACACCAGCCGGCGUGCCCCUGGAGCUGCGCAGGGACAGGCCCACCGGGCUGGUGGGCAAGUCCAAGUCAGUGCAGGACCUGCACGAGGUGGAGAAGGAUGGGAGCUUCCUCCGGAGGAUGUCUGUGCUCCUCAAGCGGACCCCACCUGCUGAGAGGAAGAAGAGCAAGGGGGAGGAUGGAGGUGGCGAGACCCCAUCCAGUGGGCGACGCUUCUCCUGGAGUGUGGCCCGGGGUGGCUCCAAGGAGCGGAGGGACUCUGAGAGCCUCAAAUCAGAGCCAGGGGGUGGUGGGGAAAGUGAGUCACCGGUGGUGGCUGUGCGGAGGAAGAUCAGUGCCACAAUGGAGCGAGUCUCUGCACGUCUGCGUAGCCUGUCAGACGAGCGGCCAGAGGGUGAGGGACCCGGGGACCUCCGCCGUACCAGCUCUGAGGGAGAGAGCCUGCAGCCAGGGGCCUCCCCAGCACCUGCACCCUCCUCUGAGUCCCUGCGCUCGGAGGGCAGCACCCGCUCAUCUGCCUCCACCAAAGGUGGGGGUGAGGGCCAGAAGCGGUCCCGCUGGGAGCGCUGGGGACUCCCACGGGGCAAGAAGGAGAAGGUGGCCUCGCAGCCUAGCAUCCCCUCCAGCCUGCUGCAGGAGGAGGAACCCGCCGCUGUCUUGCCGCACACACCCAGUGAGUCAGAUUUCCCCCCCAUUUUCCACAUCAAGCUGAAGGACCAGGUGCUGCUGGAGGGAGAAGCACUGACCCUCUGCUGCCUACCUGCUGGCAGUCCGACCCCCAGGAUCCUCUGGAUGAAAGACAAGAGGUCCCUGCAGCCUGACAACACUAUGAAUAUCAUUUCCUGCAAGGAUGGAAGGCAGAUGCUCACCAUCUCCAAGGUCUCCAGAAAGGAUGCUGGGAUGUACGAAUGUGCAGCUGCCAAUGCCCUGGGCACGGCCAUCAGCUCUUGCACGCUGGCUGUGGCACGGAUCCCUGGGCGGCCGGGCACCCCGGAGAUCCCCCAGAAGUACAAGAACACGGUGCUGGUACUGUGGAAGCCUGCAGAGAGCAAAGCCCCCUGCACUUAUGUGCUGGAGUGUAGGCUGGAGGGGGAGCACGAGUGGAAGAUUGUCAACACCGGCAUUAUUGACUGCUACUACAAUGUGACGGACCUGCCCCCUGGGAGUGCUGCCAAGUUUCGGGUAGCUUGUGUCAACAAGGCUGGGCAGGGGCCCUACAGCACCCCCUCAGGAAAGGUACACCUCGAAGCAGCAGAUGCCCAAGCUGCCCCAGCCAAGGGCAUUGUCAUUCCUGUCCCCAUCCCUGAGAAGGUGGCUUCCAGCCGGUCAACCCAGACGCCAGUGGGGCAGCUGGAGCCGCCGGCCUCAGGGGUCCCCCCUGCCACGCCGCCCCACAAGCACAAGGGAGCAGUGCAGAAGGCAGACAGCGUGGCACAGGCAAGCGUUCCCCCUGGGGUCCUACAGCCCCCUGUGGCCCACGAGGAGGGGCCACGGACGGACCCCAACCUCCCACCCAACAUCACCGUCUGUGUGCCACCGGAGCUGAUAUUCACCCCACCUCGGACUGCUGCCUCACCCCACACAGACAUCCCUACUCAGGACUCCCCUGUCCCCCCCACAGACACAUCCCCUCUGUCUCGGGCUCCAUCUCCUUCCAAGUCCUCCCCCAUUUCUCCAGUGUCAGCCACCCCUAGUACAUCCCUCACCUCCAAUGCCACACCCACACGGAAGAUGCCCCCCUACAUGGUCACUUCCUUUGUCUCCAUGCCCCCCACAUCACCCCCUGCGCAGGAGCCCUCCUCCCCAUCCUCCAAGGAGCCCCCACCUGAAAGCGGAGUCCCAGGGGCUAAGGAUGGAACAAUGCUGCGGCAGGGUGUCCCCCAAAAGCCCUACACCUUUCUGGAUGAGAAGGCAAGGGGCCGCUUCGGGGUGAUCCGGUUGUGCAAGGAGAACUCCACAGGGAAGCUCUUCAUGGCCAAGAUCGUGCCCUAUGAGGCAGAGAGGAAGCAGACCGUGCUGCAGGAGUACGAGAUCCUCAAGGCGCUUCACCAUGAGCGCAUCAUGGCCCUGCACGAGGCGUACAUCACCCCCCGAUACCUGGUGCUCAUCUGUGAGAACUGUGCUGGCAAGGAGAUCCUCUACAGUAUUGUGGACAGGUUUCGCUACUCAGAGGAUGACGUGGUGGGCUACGUGCUGCAGCUCCUGCAGGGCCUUGAGUACCUGCAUGGCCACCGCAUUGUGCACCUUGACAUCAAACCAGACAACAUCAUUGUCUCGAGCAUGAAUGCCCUCAAGAUCAUCGAUUUUGGAAGUGCCCAGACCUACAACCCCCUCGUGUUGCGUCAGCUGGGGCGGCGCGUUGGCACCCUGGAGUACAUGUCUCCAGAAGUGGUGAAGGGAGACCCAGUGGGCUCCGCUGCAGAUGUCUGGGGCAUUGGCGUUCUCACCUACAUCAUGCUCAGUGGACGGUCACCCUUCUUCGAACUGGACCCCAUUGAGACGGAGAACCGCAUCCUGGCAGGGCGCUUUGAUGCCUUCAGGCUGUACCCCAACGUCUCACAGGGUGCUGCCCUCUUCAUCCGCAAGGUCCUCACUGUCCACCCCUGGAGCCGCCCAACAGUGAAGGACUGCUUUGCCAACGCUUGGCUCCAGGAUGCCUACCUGAUGAAACUGCGCCGCCAGACCCUGACCUUCACCACCAACCGCCUGAAGGAGUUCCUGGUGGAGCACCAGCGACGUCGUGGCGAGGCUGUCACCAAGCACAAGGUCUUACUCCGCUCCUACCAGGGCAACCAGCCACCAGGACCCCAGUAAUUGGUGCCUCGGCCAUGUCUGCAGGGGCCGAGGAGCCUGAGGAACAUUCCAGGGGCUGCGGGAUAGGGCGGCUGAGAAGAAGCCAGGAUGUGCUGGGAUGAGCCCAUGGACCUCUUGUGCUGCCCUUGGGGAUGCUGGUGGCCAGCAUCAUUUUGGCGGUACCAAUGGAGAGGGAAGGUGCAGCUCCAGCCAGCCCGGCAGUGGGGUCUGGCAUGGGACAGGUGGCAGAAAGCCUUACUGGGAGGAACAGAGAAUGUGGCAGAGGGUCCAGAGAAGGAUGGGAUGGUGGUAGUGAGGCCAAAGGAAGCUCCAGGCAGGAGCAGGAGAGCUGCUGGCCAGCUGUGGCCAUGCAGGUCCAGUCAGCUGUGUGCCUUAUGCCAGAGCCUCCAGCUGCCCUGGCCACGGCACAGGGGUCCCUGCACUUGCCUCAGUUUGCACACCAGCACCCAACGACUGAGGCUGCUCCAGUGGUUCUUGCAGAGCAGACCCUACUCGCAGCCCCCUGCCCCCUCUGGCCCCAUGUCCCCAGAUGGCACAGCCCAAGUCCUCAUGUUUAGGAGCAGGGGCCACCAGCUCACCCCAUUCUGCUCCUCCCAGCCCUGGUUCUGGCAAGUGGGUUUGUGGUUCCAGGUCCGAUGCUGGUGCCUUCCCUGGAGCUGUCAGCUGUGCCCUGCACCAAGGCAGGGGGCUGUCCUGCACCCUAUCUUUGCAGGGGGGCACCCAGGUGCCACGCACACCUCCUGCGCCUGCUCAGGCCCACACUGCUCACAUUCUGCCAGCCCAGCUCCGGCCCUCACCCUACUGCCAGCCUGUCCCCAGACCCCAUAACCUAACCCCAACCCCCACUUCCCAUCUCCCACCCACCCCCGAAGUGCCAUGGCACAGCCCCACUGGUGCCUUGCUGAGCCCUGCACCCACUCCUCGCCCCCUUCCCAGCUGGCAGUGGGAUGCUCCAGGGUGCCUGGGGUGGAGGAACAGGGGUAACAGUUGGGCACCCAUCUUCCAGAUGCUGCUGUAGCAAUAGGGCUUUAUUUAUUGACUUGGGGGAGAAGGCCCCUGCCCCUGUCCCCUCAUCCCUGUCGGGUUCUGGAGUCACCAACAUCCACGUGAUUUGGAGCAAGCAAUGUACCAGAGCAGCAAUAAAGACCCUGAGCAGCUGG